AUGCUGGCUGCGAUUGCGUGCGGCGGCGCCGAAGAGCCCGCGCCCACAGGCAGCCAGGCAGGCUCGUCCGACGCGGGAAGCCAACCCGUGCAGCAACCCACCGCGGCCGAACCCGAAGCCACGCCCACACCGUUGCCGGCGUCGCUUCCCACCGAAGUGGUGGAAAACGCGGUGACGAAGGACGCCUAUCCCGACGCGGAGUACGGAGGCAUCCUGCGGCGCGGCGGGUAUGGAGACCCUUCGCACUACGACCUGAUGCAGGUUUCCAGCGUUUCCAACUCCUUCAAGCAGAUGAUGCUGUUAAAUGGUUUGCUGCGCUACAACCCCCUGGAUGCCGGCAAGACCAUCAUCGCCGACUUGGCGACCACGUGGGAAGUUUCCGACGACGGGUCGGUUUGGACCUUCCCCCUGCGGGAAGGCGUCAUGUUCCACGACGGCACGAUCAUGAACGCCGACGACGUGGCCGCGUCUUGGACCCGCGUCCUGGAUCCUCCGGCCGGCGUGGUGAGCGCCCGCAAGGGUCUCUACGACCCGUUCGGCCCGUCAGUGGACGUGGUUGACCCUCAGACGGUACAGUUCACGUUCAGCAAGGUCCCGCCGUUGAACUACGGGCUGAAUGCCUUCGCCCUGGAGUGGCACGGCGUUUUCCCCAAGUCCUUCCUUGAGGCGAACAGCUACGACCUCAAGCUCAACGGCCAAAACGCCCCCGGCACCGGAGCUUUCCGGUUCCUGGACCACCAGGAAGGCGAGGUCUGGAAGAACGAGCGGUUCCCGGACUAUUGGAACGAGGGACUGCCGUACCUUGAUGAGGUCUGGACCUUCCCGCUGGGAUCCCCCACCAACCGCUCGGCGGCGUUGCUGGCCGGCAACGUCGACUUCGCCCAGACCGUGGACCCGGCGGCAUACGAGCUGAUGCAGAACGACGACAGAUUCAGCGGACAGUUCGUGGGUCAGCCUUUCUCGUCCUACUCCUACUCCGCCAUCUGGUUCAACACGGACCGCGAGCCCUGGAACGACCCCCGGGUGCGGCGGGCGAUGUGGCUCGCGAUUGACCGCGACGCCCUGCACGAAGUCGGCGGCGAAUGGUUUUUGGCUACAAGGGCGGCACCGGCUGGACCUUCCCCGAGCAGGCUUUCCAACUACCGCAGGAUGAAGUUGACGCGCGCCUGA